AUAAUACUAAACGCUAUCCUUUUUCUUGCUAUCGCUUUGGCGCGUUUUUGAUUUCCCCUCUUUUGUACAGCCAUGACUGUAUGUAAAACCCUAGUUCACACAUCAAUCUCUUCUCUACAACACAACCUAAUCAACAGAAGAAAUCGAUUAGGGGUUUCACAUACUUCAUCUAAUCUUUGUUUAACAUCAUUUCUCUCUCAGAUUCGAGGGUUAGGAUUUGAUUCCAAGAAUGCUUCUUCUUGUUCUUUUACUACAAGGUCUUACGGUUCUAGUAUUUCAGCAAUUUCACCAGAAACUACUGAUUUCUUUGAUAAAACCGGAAAAGAUACGGUGGGAGAGUUACUUAGGAACCGUAAUGGUGUUGCGAGAUUUAUGAAAAUGGAGCGAAAAAAUGAAAAUGAUGACCCAAGUCGUUGGUUUCCUUAUAUUGAUAUGUUCAAGUCUGGGAGUUUAUGUUUAACUAGUAAUGAAAUAAUGGAAGCUCUUGAUGGUAUGAUAAUGGAUGUAAGAAAGGAAAGGAUUAGAAAUGUUGUGCAGAAUAGAAGUUAUUCUGUUUGUUUGGUAGUCGAAGGUUUAAGUGAUUUUGGGAAUGUUUCGGCCAUUUUUCGUUCAGCUGAUGCUUUAGGAUUUCAAUCAGUUCAUGUGGUUUCUUGCGAUAACUCGAAAAGAUAUAAAGACAAUCGUCAUGUUAGCAUGGGUGCCGAGAAAUGGUUGGAUAUUGAAGUUUGGAACUCUACCAAAGAGUGCUUUAGUGUACUGAAAUCACGCGGUUAUCGCAUUGCUACAACACACUUGUCAAAUGAUGCGGUUUCCAUCUAUGACAUGGACUGGUCUUGCCCAACUGCAAUAGUUGUCGGAAAUGAAAAUACGGGCAUAAGCAAAGAGGCCCUGGAAUUGUCUGACUUGCAUUGUAGUGUUCCUACGAAAGGCAUGGUGGACUCGUUCAAUGUUUCAGUUGCUUCAGGCAUCCUCAUGCACCAUGCAGUUUGUGAUAGGACUAAUCGCCUGGGUGCUCACGGUGAUCUAACGCCAAGUGAAAGCCAAAUCCUACUCGCAGAGUUCUCCUUGCGGCAUAGUCAGACAGCAGUCAGCGUAGCUCAUGAGUAUGCAAAACGAAAGCAGGCGCUACUGUCGCCGAAGCUUUGAUUGGGGAACAUAACUACAAUUGAUUUCUGCAAUUACACAUCUUUCAGGUAUUAUAUAUAUGAGGGGAUUCUUUCCCAUGUUUUAUCUCUUCCUUUUAUCUUUGGAAGGGUGAGGUAGCAAACCAUCACAUCAAAGUGUGGUUAUUAUUUAUUGAUGAUUUUGAAGAUUGUGAAAUGGGGAUUGGCAUUCAUACCUUCUGAUAUAAGGUUGAAAUGUCAAACAAAAUCUAGCCUUGGAGAUGUAGACAUGGUGAUUGCAAGAGGAGUAUAUUUUGCAAAUCAGUUGUUGAAUUUGGGUUAUCCAUUGUAUACAAUUUUUAAAAUAAAAGAAUUUCUUGUAUUGGUCACAGGUGUGUACUAAUGGAUUUCCCUUCUAACUGAAGUACUUAAAUUACUAUGUGGU